GAUGAAUGCAAACUGUUUGGUCAAAAAGAGAGAAUACACAAAAUGGGUAAGUUAAAAACACAAAGUUUUGCAAAGAAAAAUAAUGGGAUUUUAAAGCUUAAAGUGGUUAUAGAGAAGCUUCAAAAGAGUCUUCUACAAGCCAAGAAUUGGGGGCCGAGGAAUAUGAGUUUUGGGCCGGGCCAAGAAACGGUCCCUGAAGAUGUGAAAGAAGGGCAUUUUGCGGUGAUUGCAUCCGAUGAUGAGGAAGAAAGGAGGUUUGUGGUUCCGUUAGCAUAUCUUGAUCAACCGUCGUUUCAAAGAUUGUUGGAGAGAGCAGCCGAGGAGUAUGGGUUUAACCAUGAGGGUGCGCUUGUGGUGCCAUGUAGGCCCAGUGAGCUCGAGUGGAUGUUGGCCCAAAGAGAAUCGGGUCAAGGAGAUGAUGCCGUCGGUUGGAGUUCAUGUAACACCAUAGUGGAAAGUUACUGAAUUUAAUUUCGGUUUGAUCAAGUUGCAUAGGAUUCAAAAUUAAGGAUGAUUUUGUAGUUCAAAUGAUUUGUUGUUUAUAUCAUUGAAUAAAAAUUGUUGUACUAUGUAUGCUCAUCAUUAAAGUGGAUCU